CCGGCCAGACCGAAACAGGAAGUAAGACAUGGCAUCAGUGUUCGGUGGAAUAGAGGGUGGAGGGACCCACUCCAAAGCGGUGCUGGUGGCAAAAGAUGGAAAGAUCCUGGCAGAGACAGAUGGGCCGUCCACUAACCACUGGUUGGUUGGGGUGGACAAAUGUAUUGAAACCAUCAACGACAUGGUCCAAAGAGCCAAGAUGGAGGCAGGGCUGGAUCCAAACACGCCACUGUGCUCGUUGGGCAUGUCUCUGAGCGGAGGGGAGCAGAAAGCGGCCAUCGACAAACUGGUCGCUGACAUGAAGCAACGUUUCCCCACUCUCAGCCAGCACUACUUCAUCACCACGGAUGCAAUCGGCGCCAUAGCGACUGCCAGUGAUCGUGGAGGUGUUGUCUUGAUAUCAGGGACCGGCUCUAACUGCAAGUUAGUUAAUCCCGAUGGCUCACAGAUCGGCUGUGGAGGCUGGGGUCAUAUGAUGGGUGAUGAAGGAGGAGCAUUCUGGAUCUCUCAUUUGGCGGUGAAAACGGUGUUUGAUGCCAAGGACAACCUGGUUGCUCCCCCUCAUGACAUCACACAUGUCAGAAAGGCCAUGGAGGAAUAUUUCCAGGUAUCAAAUCUGAUGGGCAUGCUGCCGCACUUCUACAGAGACUUCCAGAAGUCCCACUUUGCUGGUUUUUGCAAAAAGCUGGCUGAAGGUGCAGAAGCAGGGGAUGCUCUCUGCCAGUAUGUGUUUACUCAGGCUGGGAGAGUCCUGGCAAAACACGUAGAAGCAGUUUUACCUGCAGCACAAGAGCCUCUAUUGAGUAGUGACCUCGGCCUGCCCGUCCUGUGUGUGGGUUCAGUGUGGAAGAGCUGGGCGCUUCUGAAGCCAGGGUUCACUGAGGUCUUGGAUGAAGUGGCAUCAUCUGGAAAGUUCAAGGGCCGUUUCCAUGGCUACAGCCUCCUGAUUUUGCAGCAGUCCUCAGCCCUCGGCGGCGCUAGUCUGGGGGCUCAGAGCAUUGGGGAAACCUUAACUAUGAACUACACUGCUAAUGCCAAAGUCUUCUUCCAACACACUUUUAACAGCAUCCAAUGAGAGUGCAGCUGCACAUCCUGUAGCAGCUAAAGGGGAAUCGUAUUGGCCAAUAUUUAGUUAUUAGCAUCCUUGCUAAUAGCAAUUACUAUAAUGAUGAUGAUAAUAAUGAUUGUGUAAUAAUGGCGUAGUACUUUGUUUUUAUCUCACUACAAGAUACCAAGACAGUGGUAAAAACUAUUCAAAAUAUGCUUAGAGGCUUUUUGGACAAUUUAAUCAAUAUUUCUUUAAUUUUACUGUAAUUGUAAAUUUUUGCACAUUUAUAAGACUUGUUUACAUUUGACAUUUAUAAUAAAAGAGACUGUAAACUGU